GGUCUUAACGAGUCACAGAGAGCUAAAACCAAAAAGUCCAUCAAGUCCAAACGCUCCCAUCUGGCCACCGUCAACAACCCCACACACACACACACACUCCAAGCGCACGUUAGCAACUCCGCCGUCUUCGCCACCGUCGAUGGAGUCUCUGUUCGACACGAUCAACGUCCGCGACCUUCUCUCGGCGCAAGACCUCUCUGACCCGACCUCCCCUCUCUCGGCGCCGGAUCUCCGCCUUCUGAUCCAGCGCCUCGAGUCGCAGUCCCUCCAGAUCCGCUCUCAGGUGCAGUCCUAUCUCGUCUCGCACCGCGAUGACUUCGCGCGCCUCUUCUCCGUCUGCAACGACGCCGUUUCGCAGACGCGCGAGGUCUCCGAAGACGUCGCCGCCAUCCUCCGCCUCCUCUCCGACCGCCCGAUCGAUGCGGAGGUGCGCGAGGUCGUGGCCGAGACGAGGGCCAAGCGCGAGGAGUUAAGGGUGAAGAGAGAACUGUUAGGGUUGGUCGGGACCGUUGUGGCAUUGAACCAGAGGUUGGAUAGUGUGAAAGAAGCGUUGAAGAGUGGAAACUUCGAAUUCGCGGCGCAUGGGUUGAAGGAGUUGAAGGUGGCGCUUAGAGUUGGUGAGGAGGAUGAUAGGGAGCCUUUGGUCUAUGGCUUGUUGAGGAAGGAGUGGUCUCAGUGCUUUGAAGAGAUUCAAGAGGUCCUCAUGAAGUUUAUGGAAAAGGCUGUACGAUUUGAUGGGGACUUGAAUCAAGUUGAAGUCAAGUAUCAUUUAGAAGCUGAGAAUGUGAAUGGGAUAAAGUUACAAACAGUUCUGGAGGCAAUGGAUGUAGUUGGUAUUCUAGAGUAUGGGCUUGCUAAAGUUGCUGAUUUGACGAUGAAGUAUAUUAUUACUCCUUUUGUAAAUCAAGGUCGACCUCUUUCUUUUCUAGAGGAAUUUUAUCAAGAAUCAGCUGUACUGAAGAUACUUCCAUCAUCAGAUAGUAAGUUUGAAUAUUUGGAUGGAGAAUUUCUCUAUUCAGGGUUGCAGCUCUUUAUCAAAUUUAUUUACAGAAGUAUUUGCUUCCAGAAAAGCUCUUGGAUGAGAUGUUUUGGACGCUUGACAUGGCCAAGGAUAUCAGAGCUAAUAAUAUCUAGCUUUCUAUCUAAGGUUGUCCCUACAGAUGCAUCAAAACUUCCUGACUUUCAGAAGAUCAUCAAAUGUACAUCUGAAUUUGAGUCUGCUUUAAAAGAGCUCAAGUACAUUUCAGCAUCAGAUGACAAGGAUAACAGGCUGAGCAAUUUUGCUGAAAAUGUUGAGGUUCACUUUGCAUUUAAGAAAAAGACAGAGAUCUUGGCUAAAGCCAGAAAUCUGCUUCUAGAAUGUGACUUUUCAAUUCCUCAAGAGUAUACCAGAGAUGGUACUAUUUGGAAGAAUGAUGAAACUUUGGUCCAGUCAUCCAGCCAUGUGGUAGAUUUGCUUUUCUUAUCAGAGAGAUGUCUAGUAUCCAAAGCAGCCAAACAAUUGAUAGAGCUAGUUCAUCAGACACUGCAGGAUGUUUGCCUGUCAUCUACAAGAGUUGCUUUGGAAUUUUAUCACACAGUCAGAAAUGCUAUACUUCUUUAUGAAGUAGUUGUCCCUGUCAAGCUAGAGAGGCAGCUCAAUGGCAUCAAUCAAGUAGCUGUUCUGAUGCAUAAUGACUGUCUUUAUCUCUCCCAGGAGAUACUUGGAUUUGCAUUUGAGUAUCGAACAGACUUUCCAAGUUCUAUGAAGGAGCAUGCUGUCUUUAUUGAUUUGGCUCCAAGGUUUCAGCUAUUCGCAGAAGAAAUACUGCAGAGACAAGUUCAUCUUGUUAUUUAUAAUUUGAAGGAGGCUAUAAAUGGUGCUGAUGGAUUUCAGAAUACUCAUCAGAUGCAACGAUUUGAGUCAGCUAAAUUCAGCAUUGACCAGGUUGUUUUCAUUCUGGAAAAAGUACAUAUCAUAUGGGAGCCACUUUUGCUGCCUUCAACUUACAGGAAAAGCAUGUGUACGGUCCUAGAGUCAGUUUUCUCAAGAAUUGCUAGAGAUAUACUUCUAUUAGAUGACAUAGCUGCUGAGGAGACUUUACAGCUACAAAGACUUGUUCACUUAAUGCUGGAAAACCUGUCGUCAUUAUUUGAGUCCUUAGGCCCUGGAGAGCAGAAUUUGCAUGAGUUGCCUGCAGAGUCUCUUGAAAAAUUUAUCCCUUCCUUACGUAAAAUCCGUAAACUAUCUGAAUUAUUAGAUAUGCCUUUAAAAUCCAUUACAUCAUCUUGGGAGAGUAAAGAAUUGCUCUCUUGUGGCUUUACAAUAACUGAGGUGGGAGAUUUCAUUAAAGCUAUAUUUACAGACUCACCUUUAAGAAAAGAUUGUUUAUGGAGGAUACAAAAUGCGGGCUUUUAGGAUUCAUAUAACUUCCCAUUACAUUUAUAAACCACAAAGAACACUGGAGUUUGAGAUUCAGAGAUGAUCGAUCACCUACGCAAAAGCUUGCUUAGUUUGAGCUGCCGCUCUAAAUAUUACAGAAAGUGCAGAUUUGAAGCUGAUUAGCGCUGAUAAAUUUUCUGAUGAGGAGGCUUCCCCGUGAUGGUUUUGUUGACAUCAGUCUAUGCUGUAGAAUAGUCUUUUACAUUUUUCUUUUACGUUUAAAGCAAAUGUGGGGAGAGGUUUGGUGCAGACUUGUACCUCGUUUCGAUUAUAGAGCAUCCUAAUUGUUGUUCAUUGAUAGGAAAAACAGAUAUGAAUUAAUGGUAGAUAGAUGAAGGCAGAUUCAGUUAGACCAUUUUUAGAUGCAGAUAAAUAAACUAUUGUGGUCCAGUGUUGUGAUUCGUAUUAAUACGUCAAAAAUAUUACAUUUGGUUACAGUGUACCAUUGCCAA